AUGGCAGAAAUAUCAAAGCCUGUGACAUCCAAUGGCGUCGCUACCGCUGGAGAUACCUCUGGGAGGAAGAAAGAGUUCAUCCUCAAUGCCUUUGUAAUGAACACUCCAGGACAUCUUGCGCCCGGGCUGUGGCGACACCCUCGAAAUAGGACAGACGAGUACAAGAAACUGUCCUUUUGGACGGAUCUGGCGCAGUUGCUCGACCGGGCCAAUUUCCACGCAAUGUUCAUUGCAGACACUUUAGGCCCUUACGACGUCUACAAGGGUCCAGCAAACGUCGUUCCUGCGCUGUCGUCGGGCGCCCAGUUUCCCGUGAACGAUCCGUUGUACUUGGUCCCGGCCAUGGCGGCGGUCACCAAGAACUUGAUAUUCGGGGUGACGGCCAGCCUCACUUACGAGAAGCCGUACGCCCUGGCGAGGCGCCUUUCAACGGUUGACCACCUUAGCGACGGCCGGCUGGCCUGGAAUAUUGUCACUUCGUACCUGGACAGUGCGGCGCGGAACCAUGGGCUGAAGGAACAAAUUCCUCACGACGAGAGGUACGCCAUUGCCCACGAAUACAUGGAGGUAGUGUAUAAGCUCUGGGAGGGCAGCUUCCGGGACGACGCGGUCCUUGCGGACAAAGACGCGGGUGUCUACAUUGCUGCGGACGGCGUCCGACAGAUCAAUCACAAGGGCAAAUACUUCGAGGUGCCGGGCCCCCAUUUCUGCGAGCCGUCGCCACAGCGCACUCCCUUCCUAUUCCAGGCCGGCGUAUCCGAGGCCGGCAACGGCUUUGGAGGCAAGCACGGAGAGGCAAUCUUUAUUGGCGGUCAAACACCGGAAGUGACCCGUGCCACCGUCGAAAACAUUCGGAAAGUCGCACAGAACGAAGGGCGGGACCCAAACCACAUCAAGGUCAUUGUCGGUAUUAAUGUGAUAGUCGCGCCCACCGACGAGGAAGCACACCAAAAGCGGGAAGACUACUUGAAAUACGCCGAUCACGAGGGUGCUCUAGCUCUGUUCGGAGGAUGGACUGGAGUCGACCUGUCAGGCUACUCGGACGACGAGGACUUUAACAUGUCGGACUCUCCACGAGUUCGUUCCAUUGUGCGACGAUGGUCAAGUACUGUCCCAGGUACCGACAAUUUACCCUGGACAAAAAAAAGAAUCGUGGAAUACCUCAGUGUCGGAGGACUUGGGGCAAAAGUCAUAGGAAGCCCGACCACGGUGGCUGACGAAUUGGAACGCUGGGUGGAGGUCUCUGGCGUGGAUGGCUUCAAUCUAGCUCAUAUCGCCAAUCCUGGGACCUUCGAGGACAUCAUCGAAUACUUGUUGCCCGAGUUGCGGCGCCGCGGGCUCUUUAGAUCUGCCGUGGAGAAGGAAGGUGCCACGGCGAGAGAAGUCUUCCUGGGAACCAGAAGACUGCCAGAAGACCACCCUGGCUCCAAGUACAAAUGGGCGGCUGGUGACAAGCUUCCUAGAUACCAGGCUGAAGAGCCAGUUUCGGUUGCUUCCUGA